ACUCGCCAACCUCUUCGGCUUACCCGCAGGGAUUCCCUCACCAGCCAAUCGCGUCUGAGCCUCGGGUCCGCCUGGAACAAAGAUGGCCGGGGCGGCCUCGGUGAGGGCACCCUGAUCCAAAUGCCAGGCGCACCCGCCGGGACAGCAAAGGCAGAGUGGCAACCGCGCGGUUCAGGAGCAUGGAAGAGGGCAGCAGCGGCGGCAGUGGUGGCAGCGACAGCAACGCCGGCGGGAGUGGCGGGGCGCAGCAGAGAGAGCUGGAACGCAUGGCUGAAGUCCUAGUUACCGGAGAGCAGCUCCGGCUGCGGCUCCAUGAAGAAAAAGUUAUUAAAGAUAGACGGCAUCAUCUCAAAACCUACCCAAACUGCUUUGUUGCAAAAGAACUGAUUGACUGGCUCAUUGAACACAAGGAGGCCUCUGACCGAGAGACAGCGAUAAAACUCAUGCAGAAAUUAGCUGACCGGGGCAUCAUUCAUCACGUGUGUGAUGAGCACAAGGAAUUCAAGGAUGUAAAGCUCUUCUACCGCUUUAGAAAGGAUGAUGGGACCUUCCCACUGGACAACGAGGUGAAGGCCUUCAUGAGAGGACAGAGGCUGUAUGAAAAACUGAUGAGCCCUGAAACUACACUCCUCCAACCUAGGGAAGAAGAGGGGGUAAAGUAUGAGCGAACCUUCAUGGCAUCUGAAUUCCUGGACUGGUUGGUUCAGGAAGGUGAAGCCACAACAAGGAAAGAGGCAGAGCAGCUUUGCCACCGGCUUAUGGAGCAUGGCAUCAUACAGCAUGUGUCUAACAAGCACCCGUUUGUGGACAGCAACCUCCUCUACCAGUUCAGAAUGAACUUCCGGCGGAGGCGAAGACUGAUGGAGCUGCUCAAUGAGAAGUCCCCGUCCUCUCAGGAGACACAUGACAGUCCCUUCUGUCUGAGGAAGCAGAGCCAUGACAAUCGGAAAUCUACCAGCUUUAUGUCAGUCAGCCCCAGCAAGGAGAUCAAGAUCGUAUCUGCCGUGCGGAGGAGCAGUAUGAGCAGCUGUGGCAGCAGUGGCUACUUCAGCAGCAGCCCGACGCUCAGCAGCAGCCCCCCUGUGCUCUGCAACCCCAAAUCUGUGCUGAAGAGACCUGUCACUUCUGAGGAACUCUUGACUCCUGGGGCUCCAUACGCAAGGAAGACAUUUACGAUUGUUGGUGACGCAGUCGGCUGGGGCUUUGUGGUUCGGGGAAGUAAACCAUGCCACAUCCAGGCUGUGGACCCCAGUGGACCUGCAGCUGCUGCAGGGAUGAAGGUCUGUCAGUUUGUCGUCUCCGUCAACGGCCUCAACGUGCUGAAUGUAGACUACCGCACCGUGAGCAACCUGAUUCUGACAGGCCCACGGACAAUUGUCAUGGAAGUCAUGGAGGAGUUGGACUGCUGAGCAAGAAGGCAUCCCUGCUUGUACCCUCUCCCAGAGCAACCCAGCAAGGGCAUGGCAAGACUGCCAGGCAAAUGGAUAAUUCGGACAUUACAGAUCUUCUCUCUGACCAUAUACACCUUGGCUUUCAUACACUGUUUGAAUGUGAAAGAACCGAGUAACACAUCUUUAAAAAACCAAAACAUAGCAGGGGGAGUGGUGGCUCAAGUCUAUAAUCCUAGCAUUCAGGAGGGAGGGGCAGAAGUGCUGCAAGUUCAAGGCCAGCAUCCGCCAACAGUGUGAGGGCCUGUCUCAAAACCACAUGGGGGAUUUUUCCACAUAAGUGCACACACAUAUACACACGCACCAGAGCCCAGUUUAUAGUUCUCAAACAUUGCUCUUCAUGUUUUCGGGAAGUUGUUGUAACAUGGAAAAAUGCCAUUUUUAGAAGGUCCUAGAAUAGCUGCUACAUAGUUUAUGUCAUGUCUACUGUGCUUGGGUGGCAGGAAUAAGGAGCUAGCACCUGCAAUCUGGACUACUUAGGAUGCUGAGGCAGGAGGAUGAUACAACUCAAGGAUCACUUGAGUUCUCGUGGUGAUGUCAGCCUAGGCAACAUAGUAAAACCCCACAUUAAUUUAAAAAGGGGGGGGGGGUGUAACCAAAAUUAGCCUGAAUCUGUUAGGUAGGUCUAGAUUUCACCCAGCUGAAAAUGAAAGCAGCAUCCCCAGAAACAUGACCAGCUGACACGAAUUUCCAAGAAGGUCCUUAAGCUUUCAACAGCUUAGAAGCGGUCAUCACAAAGUAACUUUCUUCCUCCCUGUUUUAGGCUUUAGGUUUUUGUUGUUGUUGUUGUUGUUGUUGUUUGUUUAUCUGUUUUGAGAAGGAGUUUUGAGAAGGGGGUCUUGCUAGUUAGGCCCCUCCAGCUAUUGACUUCUUAAUUUCUGCCUUUGUCACCAGCAUUCAGUUUAGCCUGUUUCAGUUGUGGCGUGAAGUGAAAAAUAAAACAGACCGCAGGGCUGGGGAUGAGGGGGAUGGAUAAGGGAUGCCUCUCGACCACAGCCUGCCCCCUCUUUGCUCUCACUGGGCCUGUGUGGUUUUGCCUUAUGAGUCAGCUCCAGUAGCUUUCUGGUGGUCAUUUGAAAUAGUCAUACUGACUGUGAAAGCAAAGAGGUCUAUCCAUACCUGUGGAAGACUCAGAGUCAAACCUCUGGCAAGGUUGCGCUUGGCAAGCGUCCACAUGUAAGGGACUUGGCUUCAGUGCGACAAAACUUGAAACUCCAAAUGCCUUCUUAGCCUGGAUUUUUACAAGCCUUCUCGUGUAAUGGGAUGCAGUGCUCAUUUAGGGAUCUUCUUGCCACUCCAAGCUCCAUCUUGGUUUAGAUUUCUUCAUCUCACUUACGAAUGUUUCCUUAAUCUAGAAAAGACUUCCUUUGAACCACAUAUGGUACCAUGUUCCUGUAACCCCAGCACCCAGGACGUGGAGGCAGAAAGAUCAGGUGUUCAAAGGGGACCUGAGCUACAGGAGACCCUGGGUCAAAACAAAACAAAAAACAGUAGUAGGGGAGUGCAUUUGGGGUAUUGGUAUGUAGAGGAUAUUCCUCAAAGUGCCAAAUGAGAACCAUUUUACAUAAUGAAUUUUGAACAGAGAUGCUAUUUUCGAGUUAUGCAUCAACAAAAUGUUAAUGCCGAAGUGUUAUGCCUUAGUGAUUUCUUAAUGAGAAGUGAUCAUCAUGUUUUGGUAUUAGUAGAAUGAAUUUUAUUAACAUAUUAAUCCAACUUUUCUAGCUUUAGUAAGAAAAUAGGAUUUUGAAGUGCUGUGGGAUGGCUGAUAUUGUCAUUAUUUGAGAGAGAUUCUCUCUAUUCCACGUGAGUAUGUUUAUGUUGCUGUAGCAUUUAUUGAGCUCGUUCUCCUUGGCUCCUCCUCACACCCUUUAAGAUAGAUAUCAUUACCUUCACUUUUCAGGUGGGGAGACUAGGUCUGAGAAAAUUCAGUGAUCUUCAAGUUGAACCACCUGCUGUAACUACCAUGUGAUGUGCUACAGCCCAUCUCUCCAGUUCUCAAACCCCUUGCCUAUCUGGCCAGACUUCCUAUUUAGAGGUCUUACCCUCCGGGCUGUGCUAAGACCUUAUGGUUAUUUUGUUGUUAUUCUUGUUUUAUUGGUCCAAGAGGUGAGGACCAUCAUUCAUUUUAUGAAUGAUGAACCCUGUUCAUAAAUGGGUUGGUUCGUCGUAUGCUCAAAACAGCCAAGCUACUAAGUAGGAGGCCUUACCACACGGCUUUAAUUUCUGUCUGUUUUGUUUGUUGGUUUGUUUUGAGACAGUGUCAAGCUCCUGAUUCUGCACUUCCUAUAUGGGGUUACAGGCACACAGCCCCACACCUUAGAAGAUGAGUCUCAGCUGGUUUCUGUCUUUGGUGCUCCUUGGCUGACAAGAGAACAGGAGUACCCGUGGGGCACUGCAUCCUUCUUACUGCUCUCCUCCAAAUGCCCUUUACCUUGAACCCUAGAUCCUAUCAUUUCCCUUUAGCCAAACUCAACGCCACAGAAGCCCCUCCCUGUCAGGGAGAGAGUGAAGAACAGUUCAGCUGUUAUUUAAUCAUUCUUCUUAUCCCCAGUUUAAAGGCCAAGUGCCAGAGAACAUUUUCAUAAGACGGUGUUGGUGAUCGUGGUGCAUACCUCAGAUCCCAGCACUCUGGAAGCAGAGACAGGCAGAGGCAGAUCUCUGUGAGUUUGGGGUCAGCCUGGUCUACAGAGCUUGUUCUAGGA